AUGUUUGAGAAAGUUGAAGAAAAGCAUCUCGAUAUAUUUCUUCUCUUGGCAGAUGCCAUUGCACACGAAAUAGCUCCUGAAGACAUUGCUUCGCUAGUGAGUCCAGAUUUUCCUAAGGAAAAAUUGGAUGAAUAUUGCAGAACUGCAACAAAACUUUCCGACUUUCCGGGAGCUAAGGAAUAUGUUAUGGGGGUUAUCAAUAAGAACUCAUCCAAUGACGUAAGAGACUUUAUUAUAUUGGUUACGCUUUUGGACUCUAGAGUAGGAGGUCCAAUAUUAACCAAUUCGCUAACUCCAAUCAGAGAUAUGACUUUGAAGGAAAGAGAAGACUUGUUAAACUCUUGGAAAUCGUCACCGCUCUCAAUAAAGAACAAAUUAUUCAAACUCUUCUAUCUGUUAUCGAUCCUUGCGUUCACGUUCUUCGUUCCUGAAAUCCACAACGAAGCAAUUGGUUACCCAGGUAGAGAAGUCAGAGAAGUAUUGUAUGAAGGUCAGCAAUUAGCCAAGAAUGAUACCUUUAGGUACGAGAUGCUUUCGCCACCUCUGCAAGAUGGGAAUGAAUUGUAUAUCCCCGGUGUGGAUGUAUUGAUCGUGGGGUCUGGGUCUGGUGCCGGAGUUGUUGCACACACUUUAGCCAACGAAGGCUAUAAAUGCCUUGUCAUUGAGAAAGGUCAGUACUAUUCUAGACUGGACUUCAAUUUCACUGAUAAGGAAGGGAUAGAUAAGUUGUAUGACCAAGGUGGUUGUAUUUCAUCUUCAGACACAAGUACGACAGUACUUGCUGGAUCUACUUUUGGAGGAGGUUCUACUGUCAACUGGUCUGCUUCUUUGAAGACACCCUUCAAAGUUAGAAAAGAGUGGUAUGACGAUUAUGGCUUGGAAUGGGCUGCUAGUGAGAAGUUUGAUAAUGCUAUGGAUUAUGUUUUGAAUCAAAUGGGUGUAACUACAAAAGGAGUGAACCAUUCAUUUUCCAAUCAAGUUAUCUUGGAUGGAUCUUCAAAGCUAGGCUAUGAUGUUAAAGUGGUGCCACAAAACAUCGGGAACCAUGAAAAUCAUGACUGUGGGUCUUGUUACUUAGGUUGCAAGUUUGGAGUAAAGCAGGGUAGUCUUGAAUGCUGGUUCAGAGAUGCUCAAUCCAAAGGAACGCAGUUCAUGACUGGCGUAAAAGUUUUGAAAUUAAUUCACAGAGGUGGUAAGGCAACGGCUGCUUUAUGUGAAAAUGUUGCUAAUGGUAACCGUUUCACAAUUACUGGUCCUAAAAAGUUUAUUGUUGCCAGUGGCUCACUACAAACACCAAUAGUGUUACAGAAUUCCGGCUUCAAAAAUAAAAAUAUAGGAUCCAAUUUAAAAUUACAUCCUGUCAGUUUACUCUUCGGAGAUUUCGGAACGGACAAGAUUACCAAACCCUACAAUCAUCCAAUCUUGACUACAGUUUGUUCUGAAGUUGCAGAUUUAGAUGGUAAAGCUCAUGGAGCAAGGAUCGAGACUACAUUACAUGCGCCUUAUUUGACUACCUCGUUCUUGCCAUGGAAUUCCAGUACCUCUUUAAGACAGAACAUUAUGAAGUAUAACAAUAUGUCUGCUAUUCUUUUGAUUACAAGAGAUGUGACUAGUGGAAAAAUUAGAAGUGAUCCGUACAAACCAGAAUCAUUUAUUCUUGAUUAUUCACCAAAUCAAUUCGACCGUGAUGCGAUAAAGGAAUCUCUUUUGAUUGCAGCCGAUCUUUUGUAUAUUGAAGGUGCAAAGGAAAUCAUUCAUCCUAAGAAUGGAGUCGAGCUGUUCAAAUCAGAGAAGCCAAAAGAAUCUAGGUCCAUCGACGAUAAAGAUUUUGUAAGUUGGAGAAAUAAGGUUCUGAAGAUCGAUCUUACUAUCUAUAAAACAACAUUUGGCAGUGCUCAUCAAAUGAGUUCUUGCAGAAUGUCAGGAAAGGGUCCCAAAUAUGGUGCCUGUGAUAGUAAUGGUAAACUAUUUGAAGCCAGCAAUGUGUAUGUAGCUGAUUCGAGUACAAUGCCUACCGCCAGUGGAGUAAAUCCGAUGGUUACUACUAUGUCUAUUGCUAGAUUGGUUGCUUUGAAUGUUAUCGAAGAUUUGAAACCUAAGGCGAAGAUCUAG